AUGUCGGUUCCCAGUGCCCCGCCCAAUAAACGGCCUCGCGUCGAAGAGGAGAAGUCUUCCGUCGUUACCCGGUCCGAUAUCUGGCACCCCGAUGGUAGUGUCGUUCUCCAAGUAGGACUCACUCAGUUUCGCGUUCAUUCAAGCGUUUUGUCAAUGCACUCGCCUAUAUUCAAAGACAUGUUCGAAAUGUCGAAACCCGAUAGCACUGAUCCGGGCUCAAUGGUCGAUGGUUGUCCCGUUGUUCAACUCUACGAUGACCCCAAGGAUGUUGAGAAUGUAUUGCGUGCUCUUUACACCCAGACUCUCUUGCUUCGACCACAAUUGGAGUUCCCGUUCGUCGCGGCCCUCAUAAGACUCGGGCGUAAAUAUGUCAUGGAAGAACUGUGGGAGGCUGGCGUGAACAUACUCACGACUGAGUUUCCCGACACGCUGGCUGGCUAUAAUGCUCGGAGCGUGGUCCAAUUCCGCCCCAUCCGCAUAAAAUGGUAUCCUGCGUUGCAGAUCGACUGCCUCGACCUUGCUAAAGAAACUCGCGUGCUCACCGUUCUGCCCUGCCUCUACUAUAACCUAUUGGCUCAAAUAAAGGUUACCGCUCUCUUGUCGCGCGGACCUCGCUGA